GAAUUGCAAAUUGUUAUGCUGAAGUAUAAUAUUCUACAUACAUCUUGAAUGACUAUGUAUAGAAAAGAUACCCUAUAAAGAAUUUGUUGAUUUUUUUAAAUAAGUAAAUAUUAUAAGACUUCUCACAUUUAAUCAACAGUUAUGACCUAUUUUCAGGAUCGUCAACAUAAACUACAGUUGUGCAUGUAGAUAUUUUCUUUUAUUUGUUGACAUUGAUUUGUGUUUAAUAAUAAAAUGUCUACACUUUAUUAUUAACUACAUAGUAUAGGACUUAAUUGCAUACAUAUUUUUAGGCUAAUCAGUUUAAUAAUAAUUCAAGUUUUAAAAUUAAGGUAUUGCUCAGUCGUAUUGCUACACUUUUUAAUAAUAUCAGUGAAUCACUUACCUUGUGAUUAAUAAUUUGAAUACCUCUCAGAAUUUCGUAUGCUCAAAUAUAGACAUUAAACAUCUAUAUGGUUAUGCCUUGAUGUUAAAUUUUAAAAACAUCGUAGUAAAAUAUCAAUUAUUUAGGUUAAAUUCACCUCAUUUUAAUAGCUUUUGUGGAAGUUGACAUCUGAAACUUUUAAACUACGCGCCACCCAAAAAUCCUCCAAAAGGAACGGUGAAGAGAAGUUUAAAACCAUGUCUGGAACAGUGUUUUAGCUGUCAAAUGGAGCUACGUUCAGUAGCAUCUAAUAUCGUUACGAGUUUUAUAUUUAGGAUGUUUCUGCCAAUGAAUAGUGUUAUUAACUGCAACGAAAUAAGGUUUAAAUUUAAACACCUGAAUAAUUUUCUGGUAUAGCUAGAAAAGAAACACGCAUCGACCGAUACGAUAUUUUCAUGUCGUUACUUUUGUGAUUGAUUGAUUUUCGGGCUUUCUUUCCCAAAAUUUAAUUAUAAAUCUUAUGUACGUUCGCGUAAAAUAUAAACAAACGUUGUUAUGGAAACGUUUCAUAUUUUAAAUGACGUUAUAUUCAAUCAUUAUUUUUUAAUUGGUGGUUUAUUCUUGAGUUACUUGGUUUACCGAAUACUUCACGCUCUUUUUGGCGAUAAUAAUUACUUACAAACCAAAUAUAGGUCUCGUGGUCAUACGUGGAGAAGUAUACAAUGUAACAAAUCCAUUCCAUAUAAUAUUUAUUGCACGGUGUGUGGUAAGUUGAUGCUGCCCCUAGUAGGGCUCUUCUGCGAGUGCUGCGGCGUUAGCGCGUGCAAGAGAUGCCGCCGCGUUGUUGAUAAAAAGUUUAGAUGUAAACAAUUUACUUGGCCAGUUGACAAACAGUUUCACCAUCAUUGGGUUCAUAUUGGUAAUAGCAGGGGAGAACAUUCAGACAGCAAUGAUGACACCAUCCGCAAAUAUUAUUGCUGCUGGUGCCAAAGGACAAAGUUGUGCCAUGACAGUGCAUUCAAUGACUCUGAGCAAUGUGACUUCCAGAAGUAUCGUAAAAUAGUGAUACCACCAGCUUGUGUGCAAGUUGAAAAUGGAAAAGUAACUGCUAUAAAGCCUCCUGAAACGUCAGAUUGGGAGCCACUCUUCAUUUUUGCUAACCGUAAAUCUGGAAGCAACAGAAGUGAUGAAGUGCUAUCACUUUUUAGAGGGCUAUUGAAUCCGAUUCAGGUGGUGGACAUGGCGGAGACAGCACCCGAGAGUGUGGUGCGGUGGAUGCCGCCACGAGCGCGAGUUCUAGUGGCCGGCGGCGACGGCACCGUGGCCUGGGCGCUUAACGUGCUGCACGCGGCACCACACGUUAAGGCAUCAGUGGCCAUAUUGCCAAUGGGCACUGGCAAUGAUCUAUCUCGCGUGUUGGGCUGGGGCGCCGGUCUCGCCUCGCAUUUAGACGCGCAGGCUAUCAUCAGCGACGUACAGCGCGCCGAGGAACAGCUCCUAGACCGAUGGAAGAUCACAAUAAAGCCCAAACGCGGACGCUUACGCAGCCGAGGCCGCGAACGAGUCAUGUACGCGUACAACUACGCGAGCAUCGGUGUGGACGCGCAAGUCGCGCUCGACUUCCACCGCGCGCGCUCGCAGUUCCUCUACAGAUACGGCAACCGGAUGCUCAACUAUAUGGCUUACGUCUUAAUGGGUGCUGGGCGCGCCAUAGACAGCAGAUGCGACGGCCUGGAACAGCGACUGCGCGUGCGAUUAGAAGAGAGCGAACCCAUCCCUCUACCGCCCAUACAGGCACUGGUAUUGCUCAAUAUUCCUUCUUGGGGCGCCGGCGUGCAGCUCUGGAAUAUGGGAAAUGAGGAAGGAGACGUGGAAGAACAAAGUAUUUGCGACGGAAAAAUUGAGGUUGUUGGAAUAUCAUCAUCGUUCCACAUAGCGCGGCUGCAGUGCGGAUUAGCGGAGCCCUAUCGCUUCGCACAGGCUUCUCAAAUAAAGAUCGAGCUGGACGGGUCGUGCGCGAUGCAGGUGGACGGCGAGCCGUGGGUGCAGCGCGCCGCCGCCCUGCUCGUGGAGCCCGCGGGCCGCUGCCGCGUGCUGCGCGCGCCGCCGCCCUCCGGCUAGGCGGCCGCCACCGACCACAUACCGCAGGUUAUUUCAUACGUGCGCAAGUACAGGAAGGGCACUUGCAAUUGCAUUGCAUUGCCUCGCGAGGCGUGCGGUCAGUGUGGACCCGGCUAAUUGUCGGAGACAGGUUUGUCGAUGUUUCAUUUUAUGUCUUUUGUUUUUUGGAAAAGUUCUAGGUCUAGUUAGUAUCCUGCAUGAAGAAUUUCUUAAAUUGACUCCGCAUGUUGCUAUCCCUAUGGCACCCGAAUGAUAGGCGAGACGACUAAAAAAAACUAAUUAGUCCGUCAGUUAGAUUAUCCAAAGAAUUUUAGACAGUAUUUUUUAUUUUUUCUCGUAAACGAAAAAUGACGACGGUACAGUGCGUUGAAGUUUUGCGUGACGUCACGCCUAGGUACAAUUUUUACUUAGAAGUGGCGUUGCACAAGCCCCCACUCUGGAACUUUGAUGCUGUAUAAUCUCUAUAUCUUUAUAUUUUUCCAUUAAUUAGAAAAAGCGAAAAAUAUGUGUUUAGUAUUUUCGGACGAUCUAGUCGUCAUCCCUAUUAUACUGGUGCCCCGAACCCAAUGCCAGUACUCGGUAACGAGUGGAUCUGUAUAGGAAACGGCUGGUCGAUGUACGAAAUUCUUAGUGUCCUAGUUUCUAAAAGUUGACAUGUAAAUUAUUUUACACCAGUCAAAUUAAUUGAUGACUUUGUAAUUCCUGAAAUGGUAAUUUACUGCGGACUUGGAAAGAUACUAUUAUUCAAACUUAAUGUCAAACAGUACCUAACUAAUUAUAAUUAAGAUGUACCGAGCGUUGUCUUGGUCGCCAAGUUUUAAGGCUACAUGGUAAUAUUGAUGAAUUAAAUUAACCCUUAGAAUAGAAUGUCGUUGUGUACACCUGUUUGUCUAUAUGCCAUAGGCAUUUUAUAUUAUACAUUAACUUAUAUUUUGUUGAUAGGUCACUAAAGGCUAGAAAUUUUAAAAUACUAGGUCGUUGAUGUUACUAGAUAAGGUGCCUUCGAAAAAAAAAUUAUAUUAUUUUCGUGUACCUUAGGUGCCAAUGCAGAUGCACAUAUUAUAUAGAUACGGUCGUGUGUGGAAUGACACUGGAACCUAUGAUAUAAAACACUUGUUUCUAAACUAUCUAUAGUGUAUUUGUCUGUGUGUUUCAAUAGCCGGGUCCACACCGAGUGAGGCAAUUUCGUGCAGCAAACGUGCUAUGUAGAACCUGCGGGCAACCUGCCACGGCUGAGGCCCGUCUACAUUGGAGGAACACAUUGCCUCACGACGCGCCUCGCUCUGUGUGGACCCGGCUAAUGGUGUGCGAGUUUUGGAUAGGCUCGGGUGUCCCCACUUUAGAUAGAUAGAUAGAUUGUAUUAUUCACCUUACAUUGCCUACACAAUUAUGUAAAAUUUGCACUGAAAGGUGGUCAGCCGGCGUAUCAUGCUUCGAACUUUUUCACUUAUCCACGUGGAUAAGACGUCUGUCACUCUCACACUGACAUACUUGCCAAAGCGUGACGGAUACUUCAUCCACAUAGAUAAGUGAUAAAAUUGGAAGCAUAAUACGCCGGCUGAGCGGGGCUAUCAUACUUGUAAUUUUAUCACAUCAACGUGGAUAAGACAUCUGUCACUUUCACACUGAUAUACUUGCCAAAACGUGACGGAUGCUUUAUCCACGUAGAUAAGUGAUAAAACUGGAGGCAUAAUAGCCAGGCAGUAAUAUAAAUUUUAUGUAAAAUUGACCUCUAUUUAUAUGUAAAGAGAAUUUAUUUUUAGUAUAGGGUGGCCAGUUAUUGAACACGGGCCAGUUACUGGCAAUUUCCCCUAUAUGCACAAGGUAUUUUAUAGAUAACAUAGUUUGAUAUGUGGUAUUAAAAGCUAAGCAGCGCCUUGUACUUAACAUUUUGUUGUCAUUGUCAUAUGUCAUAGUCAUAUGUAACAUUAAUGUCUGCUCACUCAAUAUAUAAUUUUCUACAGCUACAUGCAGAUUUUAUGUUGAGAAACGAUUGUUGUUACAAUAUGUCUUUAGAAUAAUAUGAAUCUCGUUUUAAAUAUAAUGUGAUGUGUC